CAAACACCAGAGCUGUGUUUGCAACAGGAAAUACUGCAACCACCCAUACUCAGCUUAAACCAUGAAAAAGAACAAAGGGAAAAGCAGCAGCACAGCUGAAAAGGAAUUUGUGUUUGAGUUCAGGGCAGGAAAACACAACUGUGUCCUUAAAGUACCUCUGCAGUUCCCCGUUCAAGAAAACAUCAAUGACCUUCAUGGACGCCUGAUGCUGCUACAUAAAAUACCCUGCUACAUAGAACACGAGCUAAAAGUGUCACUUUCCAACUUCAUCGAGAAGGAGACCACUCUGGAUUAUGACAGAGAGGCGGAGCUGGCCCUGCAGAGAAUCACAACAGGAGAUGUGGAUGUAAACCAGCUCACCAGCGCAUGGACCAGGUCUUAUGUGGAGACCACCCUGGAGCAUGCUCGGCCUGAAGAGCCCAGCUGGGAUGAGGACUUUGCAGAUGUUUAUCAUGAGCUCAUCCACUCCCCUGCCUCCGAUACCCUUCUCAACCUGGAGCACAACUACUUUGUUAGCAUCUCAGAGCUCAUCAGUGAGAGAGACAUGGAGAUUAAGAAGCUGCAGGAGAGGCAAGCAGCAGAAAUGGACAAAGUGAUGCAUGAGCUGGGGAACACUCUGAGUGACCAGGAUGUAAAUGCAGUAGCCUCUCAACACUUUGAUGCUCAGCAGGUGCUGGAGAACAAGUGGGCCAGUGAGCUGAAGCAAGUGACAAGUAUUCAAAAGCAGGAGUAUCAGGAGUGGGUCAUCAAACUGCACCAAGACUUGAGGAAAUCCAGCAACAGCAGCCAAAUUAACGAGGAGAUUAAGGUGCAGCAGAGCCAACUGUCAGAGCCUCCAGAUUCUGGUGCCAGGAUGUUUGAGGAGCAGCCUCAGCUGGAGGAGAGCUUCACCAUACACUUAGGAGCUCAAUUGAAGACCAUGCACAACCUGCGGCUGGUCCGGGCAGACGUGCUGGAUUUCUGUAAGCACCGGCGGCACGGCAGCAGCGGGACAAAGCUGCGGCGGCUACAGACGGCCCUCUCUCUGUACUCCUCCUCGCUCUGUGGUCUAGUGCUGCUGGUAGACAACAGGGUCAACUCCUACAGCGGCAUCAAGAGAGACUUUGCAACAGUGGACAAGGAGUGCACAGACUUCCACUUUCCCUGCCUGGAGCAGCAUCUGGAGGAGGUGCAGCAGGUGGUGCUCUAUGCCAGAGCCCAGCGGAGCAGCAAGCACAAAGACCAACCCGAGAUUCCGAGGAAUGGAGGUGAUGAUAAAAGCAAAAAUGUUGAAAGAAAUCCCUCUAACAUCCUUCCAGGUGAGUUUUACAUCUCCCGGCACUCCAACCUGUCAGAGGUCCACGCUGUCUUCCACCUGUGCGUGGACGACAACGUGCGAUCAGGGAACAUCACGGCUCGGGAUCCGGCCAUCAUGGGCCUGAGAAACAUCCUGAAGGUCUGCUGCACUCAUGACAUCACCACCGUCACGGUCCCUCUGCUGCUUGUCCACGACAUGUCGGAGGAGAUGACCAUACCGUGGUGUCUUAAGAGAGCCGAGCUGGUGUUCAAAUGUGUCAAAGGCUUCAUGAUGGAGAUGGCCUCGUGGGAUGGAGGUAUAUCACGCACGGUCCAGUUUCUAGUGCCCAAGAGUAUCUCAGAGGAGAUGUUCUACCAAUUGAGCAACAUGCUGCCUCAGAUCUUCCGUGUCUCCUCCACCUUAACUCUCACCUCAAAGCACUGAUGGAUACGGAUGCGCACCGCAUUGCAUCCUCAAGGCACGAAGCCACGGAGAAGCUGUAUGUGUUUCAAUUAUGUUUUUUUGCAAGCUUGUAAUUCUGAAGAAGAACAAGGGAAUUGAAGAUGAAGGGAGUAGAGAUUUGAUAAGGUAGCACAUAAGCCCCAUUCACUUAUUCCACAAAUUACGACACGUGGGUGAGUUCGGGUCAAAAUAUUGUGGUGGCGUUUCAGAGCACUUGCAGUUGAGGGGAAAAAAAGGAUUUUAAAUGUUGGGUAUUUUUUUGUUACUGCUUAAUGCUACGCACACUGCAGGUCUCAGUGAAAGAGGACUGGAUUGAGUGGCUUACCAAAGCAGCUGCUGCAAUUAUCAUUUCAAGUCUCCAGGGUGCGGUCCCGGUGACAGUUUUAUGACAUCAUGACAUCAGCCGUCAGUGCUCAAGUAUUUUUCUAGUUUUCCCCUCAAAGCUGCAAUCUGUAACUUUCCGCAUGUUCGAGCUGCAGCAUAAUGGAGCAUCCAGCGCUGCUUUGAAGUCGUUUCAGCUGGCUGGUAGGCAGUGAAAACAUCAUCCACUGAGAAGGUUUUUAAUGUGAAUACACUGUGUUGUUUACUGAAGGGAUGAAGUUGGAUGGAGUCGGCACCUUGAAUUGGACAGGUGUGACCCAACAGAACCUCUCUAACCAUGUUUAAUGUGACUUUUGUAGUAAUUCAGUUCACACUACCAAAGUUGGAAAUAGUAAUAAUAUGUUGAUUAAAAAGAGAACAUCACGGCUCAUCUCAGAUUUAAAGCACAUUUUUUUAGUUUUGAGGCAUCACUGUGUGUUUUAUAUUUCCACCUGUUGAAUGUUCAUGAAUUACUCUUAACGGAUGACCACACAGUUAAGCCGUGACAUGUGAUUUAGCAGUCUGACUCGUGGGUGAUUGGCGACAUAUUUUGGGUGGCUGGGUGGUCAUCCGUUAAGAGAAGUGAUGUGAAUUGGCACAUCUAGUCCUAAAGAUGAAUUGCAUUGCUGCAAAGACGAGCGAUACGCAGGUGUUUUUAUGCUGCAUUGCAGUGAGUUGUAGCGAGGGUCACUGUUUAUGCGAGUGUGUGUGCAUGUGUUUGUGUGUGGUCCCUCCCCUCUACCUCUGUAACAGCAGAUGGCACUGUUCUUAAAGACAAAGAUGUGAAAAGGGGGGCUACACAGACACUUACACACUCCUCUUAUUAAAAGAGAGAAAGUUUUCAGAAGGGUUUACUGCCUUUAUUAGAAUUGAUGUCAAACCAUUUUAGUCUGCAUUCAUCAUGAGCAAGUACAGCCUCAGUAAUCUUGUAUUUCCAGUGCUAAAUAUUUGUCAAAUGUGUUGAACACUUGAACCCACUCAGAUGUGUAUUGUUUAUUUACUGUAUAUGUUUACAUUUUUAUGUUUUAAUAAAAUUAAAAAAAAGUAACACUGA